AUUUCUCACAGCUUAGAGAAUUGCUAGAAGAAUCUCUUUUCCAGCCCAGUAGUGCUACAAAGGAGACUAAAACAUGGAACCAUUGAAGAAAAACCACACCUUAAGCUCUGAAUUUAUUCUCUUAGGCUUUGGGGACCUGGCUGAACUACAGAUUCUCUUUUUUGGACUCUUUCUAAUUAUGCAUCUCAUCACCCUAGCAGGCCAUACAACUAUUGUGCUCAUCACCCUCAUUGAUACCUGCCUUCAGACACCCAUGUAUUUCUUCCUUAGGAACCUAUCUGCCAUUGAAAUUUGCUACAUAUUAGUUAUUGUCCCUAACAUGCUGGCCAAUUUCAUGUCCAAAAACCAGCGAAUGCCAGUCCUUGGAUGUGCUCUACAAAUGCACCUCUUCAUUGCCCUGGGUGGAGCAGAGUGUUUCCUCCUUGCUGCAAUGGCCUAUGACCGUUUUGUGGCCAUCUGCAACCCCCUGCGUUACACACUCAUUAUCACCAGGGCACUCUGUUUGCAGAUGUUGGCUCUGGCAUGCAUCAGUGGUUUUACACUUUCACUUACCCUUACCACGCUGAUAUUCCUCCUGCCCUUCUGUCAGUCCCAUGUCAUCAACCAUUUCUUCUGUGACAUUCCUGCCGUUCUAUUCUUAGCCUGCUCUGACACACGGGCCAAUGAGAUUGCAGUGUUCCUUGUCUGCAUGCUGAUUCUGUUGAUACCCUUCUUGUUGAUCCUGUUUUCCUAUGGAUUCAUUAUUGCUGCCAUCCUCAGAAUUCAUUCAGCAGAAGGCAGGAGCAAAGCUUUCUCCACCUGUGCUGGCCACCUGUUGGUCUCUAUUAUGCACUAUGGCUGUGCAAUAUUCAUCUACAUUCGUCCCAAGUCCUGCUACACCCCGGAACAGGACAAAAUUGUAUCCUUAAUCUAUACCAAUGUAACCCCAAUGCUCUACCCUAUGAUCUAUAGCUUGAGGAACAAGGAAGUCAAAGGUGCCCUCAGGAGACUCCUGGUGAGCCACAACUGAUGAGGUGGUAGCCCAAUACAAAUUGAAAAGGAAGGCACAGCCCAACAACUGUAACCAGACCAUUUUUCAACAACUCAGUCAUCUCAAUGAACACUUUAUAUUCCCAUGCUCUCUUUUGAGGCUUCUGCAUGGUUCUGGGUGCACAUGAAACUUACUGCUCACUUUUCUGUGUUUGGGAAGAUGAACUGAGUCUUAAGAUUUUUGAGGUGUGGAAACGGUUUCAGAGUUUCUUAUGGAUUGGAGAAUAACUAGAAUAUUCUGCAUUUUAGAUGCUUUUCUGUUCUCCAUCAUAAACAAUUUGAUCAGGAGCACUGCCAGAGAGGACACUGAUGAGCAAGGUGAUAGGAUGACCCAAAUAAAGCUUCUCUGGCUAAAGAACC